GAAGACGAACGCAGAGCUGCUCAAAUUACACGGCAAUAACGGGAAGGCACACGAGAUUUUCACACAGAUUUUCUUCUCCCGCAGGAUGAUGUGUGCUGCGCCCGAGUGUAGAUACAAAUAGAAGCGAGAGUAGCAAAAGCGCUCGAUGAAAAUAGCAGUAACUGUGUGCGGCUGGUGGCGCAAGCAGCUGUAGUGAAAGAUUCGCAAUCGUUUGGUGCAGUUGUGAUUUGAUGGAAAAUGUGUGCUAAAUAAACGUGGAAAAAAGUGAUAAAAAUUUAGAACGGUGGCAGAUAGUUGAUUGAAUUCGAGUUGGCAACGGAGUUGUAGUGCGACUGUGAUAUAGUCAUAAUAAAUAAUUGUGCAAGUUGAGUAUCUAAAAGUUCGGCGAACAAUUUGUACGCUUGCAACUAAAUCGAAAAGACAAAAAGUGCAAAUGUGUGUCGAGUAGCGCUUUUGCGGUCGUCGCUUUGGAAGAAAAAGGGUGUAACCACUGCGUCAUUGAAUUUCGUAGAAUCGAUCAGGCACUGUGCGCUUUUAUGUUGGUGCCACGAUGGAGACAUGCAGGACCUGUGCGAGGUGUGAUUUUGAAGACGAAACUAAAUGGUUCGAUUUAUUUCAUACAACGCGUUGUAAGCGCGAAAUCGAAGAGAUGCGUGUGGAGUUCAAUAACUGGCAGUUGCAGAUUUCCCCCAACGACGGCCUACCGCAAAAAAUCUGCUCCGAUUGUUUUUCGAAAUUUUGCAAUGUGUUCACCUUUCGCCUGCAAUGCCAACAAGCGCAAAUGAAAUUAAGUAAUAUUUUCGAUAAAAUCGAAACGCAAAGCAUGGAUGAUGACCGCUUCGAUGAUAAUUUGGAAGAAUUGAGCGCCCAGCUGUUGCGAAUUGUAGAAGAAAAUGCACGCCAAAUAACAAAUUCAACGAGUAACGACGAAAACUGCCAAACAAAUGAUUGUGCUGCCACUGGUACAGCUGCUGACGAUCCCAUUUCGGCGAGUGCUACUCCAUCAGCUGCUGCCAUUGUUAUGUUGGAUAUGCUAAAUGAGAAUAGUAAUAAUAAUUACACCACCGUCUCCGCCACCAACACCACCACCAACACCAAUACCAUCACCACUAUUGCGGCUAGUGAAGAGUGUGGACAGGUCGUUGCACAGCUGUUGAAUGUGAAUGCAAUUUCAGCAGACCAAAUAGAGGUUUCAACUAAAGCAAUCCAAGAUUCUGUCAUAGCAGAAACAAUGCCAUUAACAAACGAGAAUAAUGCAAUCGCUGCCGCUAUAACUCAAGCUAACUUUUACACUGCCGGCGUUGAAUGUCAAAGUGAAGCGGAAAUGCAUGUUUCAAAUAUAAUGGCUGCUCCUGUUACAACACUGGUGGUCGACAAACAUGUGGGCGCGGAAUUAAUGGCAGAAGAAGGAAACAAAGCGGAAGAUGAAGUGGAAAUAGCUGAAGAAGAAGAUGAAUGUGAAGACGUAAACGAAGUAGAUAUGAACGAACAAAUUCAUUUGCAUGUGGAUGAUAUAAUUGAGGAAGAUUUCACGCUCGAUGAAACACUUGAGGAGGAGCAAGUAGGCACAGCAGUGGCGACAGACGUAAUUUUAGACCAUGACACUGCUGCAGCUGACUGCAUUGUAUCCGACCUAAGCGGAAAUCUGGCACAGCCUGAAGGUUAUGUCGAAGAGAGUGUGCCUUUUGCAGAAGCAGUUGAAGAUGAGGACGACGGCGACGGCGAUGGCGACGACGACGAUUAUGACGAUUAUGACGAAGACGAAGGUGUGCUAGAAGCAUUCGAACCGGUUACACUCCCAACGAAUACUUACAAUACAAACAACAAUACCAUACCAGCACCGCAAUUUGUCUUUAAAGCGUCGGCGCUCAGCAACUCAGGAAUAGGCCAACAAUCGGAUAUGAGCAUUGUUUUCGAGUGUAAAUACUGCCACAAAAGCAGAGAUAUACCGAGUACGCACUUCCAGACACAACAGGCGCUGCUCGAACAUAUAACCAAUGCGCAUAAUGCUGACUACCCGUUUACUUGUCCGCAGCGCGGUUGCAAGGAGGGUUUUCGCGACGCCGCCUCACGCACGGUCCACAUGAAAAGCGAACAUGUGGCCAAACAUUAUGAGUGUGAUGUGUGCGGCAAAAAGUAUGCCGAUCGCUUCAAUUUGCGGCAUCACUUUGAGAAGUUCCACAGUGAAACGGAUUUUGCUUGUGACACUUGCGAAAAGCGUUUCUAUUCGCGUAAAAGUCUUAACUAUCAUAUGAAGUGGCAUAAUCCGGAAUUGGUGUUGCAAUGUAGCCAAUGCGAUCGGCUGUUCAUCAAUCAACGACACUUGAAGUGUCACGAAGAAACGCACAACGGCGUGAGGAAUAGUGAGUGUUGUACCUUCUGUGGGAAAACUUUCAUACAUUUAAAAACUUUGCGUUGGCAUUUAUAUCGACAACAUGGCGGCGAAAAACCAUACAAGUGCGGCCAUUGCACUGAGGUGUUCGCCUCCUAUCUGGAGAAACGUAUACACAUGUUGGAGAAUCAUUUGGAAAAUCUCACCACUAUCGAACGCACCGAAUGCAUGCUUUGCCGGCAGCGUUACGACGAUGAACACAAGUUAAGUGAACAUAUUCGAAGCAAACAUAUUGAACGACCCAAAUCGUCGGUGCUGCUAAUAGCCAACAAUAAGCGUGUGGUGCGCAAUAAGCGUCAGAAAAACUAUAGUGGCAUAUUCCAAUGUGAAAUUUGUGCGCAACGUUUCAAUAUGAAAUCGGCUUUGGAGCGACAUGCGGCAGUGCAUUCGAGCAUUGGACGGCCGCACAAGUGUCCGGUUGAGUCGUGUGCGAAGCGUUUCAAGCGUGCGCAAGAUAUGAAUUGGCACAUGAAGACACACUCGAAUGAGAAGCCAAAUGUUUGCGAUGUCUGUGGCAAGGGUUUUGCGUUGAAGUAUGUGCUGAAUCAGCAUAAGCGGAGUCAUGAAGUGCUUGAGAAAAAUUUUAAAUGCCUAAUCUGUGGACGUGCCUAUCUUUUCGAGAAAUCAUUGCGCGUGCACGAACGUGUUCACACUGGCGAAACUUACUACCGUUGCGAUUUGUGUGGCGAAAAUUUUGUAACUCAUAUGAAAUUCAAAACUCACAUGAUGAAGAAACAUGAUCCGAGCACAACAAAUUUGGAGGAUUAUAAUAUGGAUGUCUUUGAAGAACAGAUGUAUGAACCUUAAAAGUGUCAUGAGGAUUUAAAGCUUAAAUUCGUAUUUGUAAUGGUGGGAUUUUGAUUUCGCCUUUUACAAUUGGAUUUUUUAAACUCCUUCGAUAGCUUUAGUGCAACAUUUGCCAAGGAAAAAAAAUAAGACACUAUUAAAGAUUAAGCGUUUAGCUUAAAAGGAUCUCGCUCAUUAACAAGAAAAUAGUGUUUAUUAUAAAAAAAAAAAAUCCAGUAUUAUUUCGGAUUAAAAAUAAAUGCAUAUAACUAAAUUUGAUUAUAUUUUAAGAAUAUUUUGCUAUUUUGCUUUGGUUUUAGGAGAGAUAAAUUAGCUGAUGGUUAAAUACACCAUUUGAUAUUAUAAUUAACAUUUUUUAUACAUACGUUUACAUACGUUUAUUUUUAUCACAUUAGUUUGAUAAAAUAAAAUUAACAAACAUUUAACAAAAUCCAUCUGUAGGUAUAUUUUCCGAACGACUUUCAUAAACUAGCUAAUGAGUAGAAUUUAUGUAGGAAAAUCCAGAAUAAGAAACCGUUAAAAUUGUCUGCCAACAAACAUAAUCGAAAUAGUGCGCAGUGUAUUAUUUACAGUGAGUUAUAAAAGAGUGUAUACAACUAUAAAGAAAAUAAAAUGCACAAAUACAAUAACACGCACAUAAUGGCUCACUGACCGAAAGCAAUAGCGUUAAUUUAUGUGUAUGUAU